AGUCCGAUGGAAGUGGCGCUACGCCAAUGAAGUUCCAUUGCAGUGACAUUACUGAAAGUUUCAUCGCCGCUUCUCUGGGAUGCUUUGCCUAACUUUACGCUCGGGGCUAACCGUUACUAACUUAUUGAAGGGGCCACAUCGCCUGACAUGGAUUAAGAACAACUUUCUCUGUUGUUCGACGGGACAGAAAUAAUUCCGUGAGAAAAUAUCUAAAGAGCGUAUGGAUUACAUGUAAAAACAGUGCUGCUCUGGCUGUAUCUCUGGGGAGGUCAUAUGAGAAGUGUAUUUGCAGGAGACAUGGACAGCCUCGCUUGCACAGAAGCGCAGCUCCGUUCGUGUUGGAUUGAUGUGAAGUCUACUGGAGGUCUUGGAACUAAUUGAAGUGUAGCGGUUGAGAGAUUUGAUUUAACGUAAACGUAAUCUCUGCGUAGUUCCGCGUACCUAUGCCCGCUAAGAUUUUAACGCACCCUUAGAUAAAGAAACGUCAAGUACUGUGGUAAAAGGGGAACACAGGAUACUCCUUGAAAGUUCUUUGGCUACCCACUUGAGGAUCUAUUAAAUUACCUUCGGAAUUUCGCUGUCAAAUGAGAAUUUCAAAGUCGUUAACUUGGUUUCUUUUUGUCUAUUCUUCUUCUCUCAUCUCUUUAAUCCACUGCAACAUUAGAUUUACCGAGCUACACCAAAGAGGUGAAAGUCUUUUCGUUACCUAGCGUCAAGUUGUAAGUCUGGCGCAGGGAUGAGGAGUGGAAGUUACCCGAUGUCUCUGGCUAUGGUCGUGACACUUUUGGCGUUUAUCAAGGUAACGGCAAGUGGCGAGUAUUGUCACGGCUGGCAGACCGUGGAGGGUACCUGGAGAGAUGGCUUCCCUUGUCCAGAGCGCUUUGACCAAGAGGAUGCAAUCAUAUGCUGCGGCAAAUGUGAGCUUAGAUACUGUUGCUCCAGCACCGAAGCCCGACUGGACCAGGGAACUUGCGAUAAUGACAAGCAAUCACCAGAUCCAGUCCCAGGAAGUAAAGAGGACAAAGACAACGGGGCAGUGCCCAUCUACGUGCCCUUCCUGAUCGUGGGCUCCGUGUUUGUGGCCUUCGUCCUGCUGGGCUCGGUGGUGGCGGUGUGCUGCUGCCACUGUCUGCGCCCCAAACACGAGCCCUCGUCUGGGGGUGGGGGCGGCGGGCAGGGGGGCGGCGGUGGCGGCGGCCGCCUCCUGGAGACCAUCCCCAUGAUGGCCAGCGUGGGCACCUCGCGCGGCUCGUCCUCGCGCCAGUCCAGCACGGCCACCUCGUCCAGCUCGUCGGCGCCCCCCAGCGCCCAGCGCCCGCCCGCCGCCAUGUCGCCGCCUCCGUCGGCGGGCGCCGCCCUUCUGCGCACCCAGGCGUCCUGCUGCAUCCCGCCGGACGCCAGCGUCUACGUCAACAUGCCCACCAACUUCUCGGUGCUGAACUGCCAGCAGGCCACGCAGAUUAUGCCCCACCAGGGCCAGUUCCUGCACCCGCAGUACAUCGGCUAUGCCCACCCAGUGGCGCACACGAUGGCCGGUCCUGCCUACCUGGACCCCACGCACGGGGGCUACCGGCAGCUGCAGUCCCCCUACCCUCCCACAAGUGUGGCCAGUGUGACGAGCGACCAGAAACACCCUCCCGUGACUGUGUGAGUGAGGGACGUGAGGCCUCGUAAGGACUGUUUAUGACUGAGAGGUCUCGCGGGAGCCAUUCUUAUGAGGACUUUUCCUUAUGGGAACCUGUCCUUGUGGGGACUAAUGCCCUAGGGGAAUCUGUCCUUGUGGGGACUAUUUCCUUAUGGGGACCUGGUGUGUGUGUGUGUGUGUGUGUGUGUGUGUGUGUGUGUGUGUGUGUACGACUGUUGAGAGGCACACUACAAGAGCGGAGUCAGCAGAGAAUGAAGAGUCACAUGGGGAACACACAGCCACGGAUCAGUUCCAUGCCCCAGUGUCAUGUGUUGGAACAGUGUGUGUGUGUGUGUGUGUGUAUGAGGGCACAGAAAGCAUAGUCUCAGGGUUUGAGGAGGUCUGAGGACUGAUUCCAGACACCAAAUGAGGGGCAGAAUUCUUUAGCUUGACUCAGUCACUGACACACAACUGUAACAACAUUUGCAAUCCCACGCAAAAGGAAAUGUAUGAAAUACUCCUGAGACUGACAACAUUAAUAACGUUGAAAGUUAUUGAUGUGAAAUGUAAUCAUAAUGUAUGCUUCAUGAAGGCUUGGUGAGUGACGACAGUGAAAAAUAUUAAAGUGUGUGUGUAUAUGAAUUAUUGUGUUGUAAAUAAUAACAGUAUACCCACUUAUGGCCUGUAUGAGUGAUUGUGAAUGUGCCAUUUGAAUGUACAGUGUAAUAUCAAAGCCUUUGUAGAAACAAAA